ACUGUUAAUUAUCACUUAGUGACAUUAUUUGCUGCUGAUCAAGGUCUUUGGUUCUUGUUCUCAUUUCACCAGACAUUUUGCCUUCUGCAAUUCAGUUGUUAACCUCUUGCGCAGUAUCACAGUGAAGUACACGAGUAUCACACAAUGAAGUACACUUGCAUUAUAAUGACCGUCACGAUCCAAAAACUCAAACAAACUUACCGUGCUUGCACCCCUGGCGACAAGUAUAGGCGGCUGCGGCUGGUUGCCUUUGUGACGUAAACGAUUGUUUAGCUGAGCACCCUGGUGAUGCCUGAUUGAAACUGAUCGCUUCAAUGAGCGCGAAAACUUCAAUACCAGCCAAAACAUACAAGAUUUCUCGGUCAUAGGUGCCGUUAUAUUUCUUGCAUGAAUAAGAAUGUCGAGAAAAGGAAGCGGCGGCGUAGCGAACAAGGCGAAAAAAUCCUCGAGCACUUUCGAUGCUUCGAAUGGCGUCAAACAUCAUGGAAGUGCAGAGACUCGAAUAAGCCAGAGUGAAACUGUGGUCAGCACUCGAAGGAGAAGGGACACGUUUAGCCAUUCCAUCUACGAGAAGGCAGCGGAGAUAUAUCGUCAUUUGAAGGGUGAAAUACCAUCCUCGCAGCUUCCAACAUUUGAUGAAGAUUUAGAACGACGACGGGCAUACAGCUUAGCUUUCGGAGCCAAACGAUAUGAGACAGUUUUGGAUGAUGUCUUACUUGAUAGUUACUUUUUUUCAAGUUAUUUUAAGUUAGAGGCUUACCACAAACAUCGGGUCAUGGUCAUGUUACUGGACUAUCAACAAAAUGGCUUUUACUUUGGAAAUGAGCGCUUCAGAAAUAAAAAGAUGGAGAUACCAAACAAAGAGAACACCAUCCAACAAAUCUUAGAAAUACAGCAAGCUAUGGCAUCUCAUCGGAUUAAACUUCGUGCAGCCCUUGCUCGGAGUCGAAUAAGAGACUGUGCAAUUAACGUUGAGGCUUUACUUCCCAAAGAAGAACAAGACAAGCUUCAGUACGCUGCACAACAGCCUGUAUAUGCAAGAGUUAACACGUGGAAGGGAAGUUAUGGUGAGGUGCUAGAGACCUUAACCAGUGAGGGAUUUUUGAUGGAAGACAACUUGCCAUCUGCAGAGGAUGAUGAUAAUGCCAGUGGAGUACGCUGCUUUGUAAAGGAUCAGCAUUUUGAGAAUUUGCUGGUGUUUCCUCCCGCUAUCAAGUUUGACCUGUAUGAACAUGAUUUUGUGUUAGAUGGCAAGCUGGCUAUUCAGGACAAGUCAACAGUAGUGGCUGCAGAGGUUGUAAAUUCCAUGAUUUUAGAGUUUGCUUCACAGAAGGAGAAAGCAGUCCAACUUAUUCCAGGAGCUGAUGUUAAGUCUUUCCUGGGUGAAGGAGAUGAUGUUAUUCAAACACAUGCAGAAUCUGGGAAUCUGACUGCUCACCUGUCGUCGCUAAUCCAUCCUGAUAGAAGGAUCUUUGCUUUUGGCGUUACUCCUGAUAGUCAUGAGCAGAUUGAGGAUAAACUGGAGAGGAUGGCAGCAAGAAAUGUCAACUUACAAGAGGAAAGUUUCCUCGAUGCUCUACCAACAGACGAACGCUUGAAGAAAGUGCGAAUAAUCGUUGUCAACGUUCCGUGCUCCAAGUCAGGAAUUGUUAACCCGGUAGAUUUCGUCCUUCAAGAGGGCGUUACCUCAUCGCUCAAAGAACUUGCGCGUGGAAAUGCUGACAGCAGCAAAGUCAAAGGACUAGCAUUCCAACACUUGAGUUUCUUGAGGCAUGCGAUGAAGUUCCCGCAAGUACAAGCCAUCAUUUACAUUACGCGCUCGACGCACAACUCGGAAAAUAUGGACGUGGUGAAGAAAGCUAUGGAAAUGAACCAAGAAGAACGAAGCAAGCAGACGAGCUUUUACGAGGUAACGCCUGCUUUGCCGGGACUCGCGCAGAGUUUAAAGGAAGCAGCUAGGAUUUCUAAUGGGCUUCAAAAUGAUAUUUCUUUGACGCACAAAGAACCAGAAACAAGGUAUCUGAGUCUUGAGCCUUCAGCCGCCAUGAAUGGAGGAUUCAUUGCUCUUCUUAAAAGACAGAAACCAGUUGAAACGGCACAGGAAGUCCUCGAAAGAGCGGCUAAGAAAGGCUUAAUGAAACCAAAAGCUAAACCCGCCAGGAUCAACAGUCCCAAGGAAAAACCUAAAGCCCGGGCUCAGGCGGAUAUGUCAAGACUUCGUAUCAAGGACACUCCAGGUGCGAACUUAUCCGAUACUGAGCAAGAUCGAAACUCGUUAAAAGUCUCGGACAAGUCGAGAAAGCCUCGAAGUUGGCACGGUUCUGCCGAAGAUUUGGCGAAGCCGAACACGAAAGAUGUCGUGUCGUCCAGUCCUGCCCCUUCGGAAAGCGCUCCGAAAAAGAAAGGGAAAAAGGUGGCGCAGCCCAAACCGUUCAUGUUUUAGUUGUUUCAUAGAGUUGAGGUAGAUAUUAGGUAUAAAUUGUUUUAAAGCCCAGCACUGUGUAGGACUGUGUGCAUUAGAUUGGGGAACAUUACUCCACGUUUGUAGGAUAGUGCGUUGUUCAAGGUUUGUAGCGGGAUCACAAAGGUCAGUCGUCAUCCCAAACAUUAGUAAGCUGAUGGUAUUUUGUGACGGUUUUAUGUAAGAGAAUAUUGGAAAGGUUCGCAAUAACUUAGUCUUAAUUAAGCGUUCCUAGACUUUUAACCUGUAAAUAGUUAAAAAUCGGAUCUAGAAUUGUAGCAAUCCACGACUACGAUGCUCUACCACAAACAUCACGGAGAUCUGAGGUGUUAUGUAUUUACUGAAAAAACUGCUGAAAUUACAAUUUGUAUAUUUUGUGCAGUUGAAAGUCUGAGUCUUCUCUUGUCAUGAAUUUAUUUCAUUGUCAUUGUUGUCAUAAUCAUCAUCACUGUCAUCACCAUUAUUAUCGUCAUCGUCACCCUCAGCAAUUCCAGUUCCCCGACCGGGAAAUUCGACUUCAGUGUGUUUUUACUUUUGUAUUUUUGCUUAGACGUGGAAAAUCACCACUACAUUGUUAAAAUAAUAAAACGCCGUAAACAGCCGUCCCCCGUGUUUCCGUGGUGACCCCCUUCUCUUUCGGAUAUAAAAUCCCUUCUGAAUCCAGCGGACUAGUGUUGCACCUUGACAUAGAAAUAGACAAUUAAUCAGGAGCCAGGGGUGGGGUGGGGGGAGUGUACAAGUAGAUUUCAGACCAAAGCAAUGCAUCGCCGUAUAUUUUUAUUCUUCUCUCAACCCUUCUCUUCUCCUCUUUCCGAAUAACCUCACCUAGUCUCAAUGGUUCCUCUCCCC